AUGAGUGUAACUAGAAAGAUGCACUACAAAGUGCCAAAUGAGAUGAGGUAUGAGUCAGAAGCCUCAUCAUGGGUCAGGCUUUUCAGAGCUUUCGAUGUCGACCAUGACGGGUUCAUUCCAACGACGGAUCUCAAAAGAAGUAUUCGUGAAGCCGCUUUCUCGUUUGGCUUCGAUCCGGAAGAAGUGAACGCUAUGACGAGAAAUAUUGAUGCAAAUGGAGAUAGACUCAUCGAUUUUGCCGAGUUCUGUACUCUGAUUGCGAUCUAUAUCUACUAUACCGUGGAAUCCAACAAAGGUCUGAGUAUCACAGGACCCGUGCCGACUAAGUCUGUGCUUAUCUUCAAUCCCUAUAGAAAGGAAGAACUAUGGCGAUUUAUCACUUACAUGUUUAUCCACAUUGGACUUUAUCAUCUUGUGUUCAACGUGCUGACUCAACUACUCCUUGGAAUUCCUCUCGAGCUCGUCCACCAGUGGCGAGUCAUCGUCAUCUACCUCGCUGGUGUUUUGUCAGGUUGGUAG